UCUUCGUUAUUCCUCAUGGGUAACCGCCCGGCAAACAGAACAAAGGUGACCCUGCCAGGCUUCCAACCUUGUUUCUCAAACACCCCUUCAAUUUUCACACUCGAACGUUUCCCCCUACUCCCGCAUUCUUUACUGCCCCCCCACCUCGGGAGCAGGUGGUAGGCUCCGAGCCCAACGCGCAGGCGCGCGCCGUCGCGGACGGGGGCGGGGCGGGAACCGGGGGGCGGAGAGUGCGCGGGCUUGGAUUGGGGCCGCGGCGGGAGCGGGAGUCACCGCCACUCGAGUGCGCAGGCGCCUGGCGGUUACCGGUCUCGCCAUGGAGCGGAAAGUGCUUGCGCUCCAGGCCCGAAAGAAAAGGACCAAGGCCAAGAAGGACAAAGCCCAAAGGAAAUCUGAAACUCAGCACCGAGGCUCUGCUCCCCACUCUGAGAGUGAUCUACCAGAGCAGGAAGAAGAAAUUCUGGGAUCUGAUGAUGAUGAGCAAGAAGAUCCCAAUGAUUAUUGUAAAGGAGGUUAUCAUCUUGUGAAAAUUGGAGAUCUAUUCAAUGGGAGAUACCAUGUGAUCCGAAAGUUGGGCUGGGGACACUUUUCAACAGUGUGGUUAUCAUGGGAUAUUCAGGGGAAGAAGUUUGUGGCAAUGAAAGUAGUUAAAAGUGCUGAGCAUUAUACUGAAACAGCACUAGAUGAAAUCCGGUUGCUGAAAUCAGUUCGCAAUUCAGAUCCUAAUGAUCCAAAUAGAGAAAUGGUUGUUCAACUACUAGAUGACUUUAAAAUAUCAGGAGUUAAUGGAACACAUAUCUGCAUGGUGUUUGAAGUUUUGGGGCAUCAUCUGCUCAAGUGGAUCAUCAAAUCCAAUUAUCAAGGGCUUCCUCUGCCUUGUGUCAAAAAAAUUAUUCAGCAAGUGUUACAGGGUCUGGAUUAUUUACACACCAAGUGCCGUAUCAUCCACACUGACAUUAAACCAGAAAACAUCUUGUUGUCAGUGAAUGAACAGUACAUCCGGAGACUGGCUGCAGAAGCAACAGAAUGGCAGCGAUCUGGAGCUCCUCCACCUUCUGGAUCUGCAGUCAGUACUGCACCCCAGCCUAAACCAGCUGACAAAAUGUCAAAGAAUAAGAAGAAGAAAUUGAAGAAGAAGCAGAAGCGCCAGGCAGAAUUACUAGAGAAGCGAAUGCAGGAAAUUGAGGAAAUGGAGAAAGAGUCGGGCCCUGGGCAAAAAAGACCAAACAAGCAAGAAGAAUCAGAGAGUCCUGUUGAAAGACCCUUGAAAGAGAACCCACCUAAUAAAAUGACCCAAGAAAAACUUGAAGAAUCAAGUACCAUUCACCAGGAUCAAACACUUACGGAACGUGGUAUAGAGGGUGGUGCAGCAGAAAUUAAUUGCAAUGGAGUAAUUGAAAUCGUUAAUUAUACUGAGAACAGUAAUAAAGAAACAUUGAGGCUUAAAGAGGAUCUACAUAAUGCUAAUGACUGUGAUGUCCAAAAUUUGAAGCAGGAACCUAGUUUCCUAAAUUCCCAAAAUGGAGACAGCAGCACAUCUCAAGAAACAGACUCUUGUACACCUGUAACUUCUGAGGUGUCAGAUACUGUGAUGUGCCAGUCUUCAUCAAAUGUAGAGCAGUCAUUUAAUGAGCAGGACAUCAGCCAACUUCAAGAAAGUAUUCGGGCAGAUAUGCCCUGUGAAGACGAGCAAGAGCAAGAACAUAAUGGACCACUGGACAACAAAGGAAAAUCCACUGCUGGCAAUUUUCUUGUUAACCCCCUUGAGCCAAAAAAUGCAGAAAAGCUUCAAGUGAAGAUUGCUGAUCUUGGAAAUGCCUGUUGGGUGCACAAACAUUUCACUGAAGAUAUUCAAACAAGGCAGUAUCGUUCCUUGGAAGUUCUUAUAGGAUCUGGCUAUAAUACCCCUGCUGACAUUUGGAGCACAGCGUGCAUGGCCUUUGAACUGGCCACAGGGGACUAUUUAUUUGAACCUCAUUCAGGAGAAGAGUACACUCGAGAUGAAGAUCACAUUGCGUUGAUCAUAGAACUUCUGGGAAAGGUGCCUCGCAAGCUCAUUGUGGCAGGAAAAUAUUCCAAGGAAUUUUUCACCAAAAAAGGUGACCUGAAACACAUCACGAAGCUGAAACCCUGGGGCCUUUUUGAGGUUCUAGUGGAGAAAUAUGAAUGGUCUCAGGAAGAGGCAGCUGGCUUCACGGAUUUCUUACUGCCAAUGUUGGAGCUGAUCCCCGAGAAGAGAGCCACUGCUGCCGAUUGUCUCCGGCACCCUUGGCUCAAUUCCUAAGCCCCAGCCCAGCACCACAGCAGAGGUGACAUGCUGGCCCUCCGCCCCUCCCUUUCAAGCAUUUCCCUCUUCCCUUUUCAGGGUGACGCUCUUUGUUCAAGGGUUUCUAGGGUUGGUUUUUUUGUUUGUGUUUUUUUUUUUAAUCCAACAUGUUCAUUUGGGUUUGCUUGCUUGACCCUAUGGAUAUCCACACAGCCAUUGGGCAUCAUAGGUGAAUUUGGCCUUGAUUGGGAUCUGCCAAAGACUAAUGGACUAAAAUGUGAAACAGCCUCUUGCCCAGUACCCUUGUUUUUCCAUUAGAACAUCCUUUAAAUUAUAAGCAUCCUAUUUAAAAAGAGCUAUGAAGAUGUAUGAGCGCAUCCUUUUAUUCACUGACUCUAAGAGUCAAAUUUUCUAGUGCAUUUCCUGUUGCCAGCAUGAGGUUGAGAAGGGGAAAGGAUGUUACUUCAGCAGAGACAUUAAACUGGCUGUAUCCAGGCUGCAUCAUCUUCCUGGAUUGUUUCUGUUGUUCUGUAUGUUCACAUUUUUUCCUGCGACUUUUAAGCUACUCUCGUUUGUAAAUGAGCUAUAUAAACACCAAAUUUGGGUACCCUUUUAUCACUGUUCAAAGCACUGUCAAAUUUCUUUCAUCCUUUAAUCUAAGAUCCUCGAAUCUUCAGUCUGAUUUUUGAUGGAAACAAAAAUGGAACCAUUGGCUAGUAAUUUCUUCAGAACCACAUAUAUUCUGCAAACUGUCCUUUCCUACAUGUCUUCUAUAGCCCAGCAACAAAGUUACUUUGAUUGGCUGUUUGUUUUGUUUUUUGUUUUUUUAAUCCCUGGCUGGCACUUUACUCAUUGCACUUGAGUUUAUUGCCCUCUAACUAAAGAGUUCAGGAUGUCUCUAGAAAGGAGAUCUGGGUUUCAGAGAUUUCCCAUCUGAGGAGAAACUGUCCUAGUGUUCUUGAUUCUCUUCCAAACAAUCCCCAAGUUUUAUUUACAGCUUUUUCUUUGCCUUGUCCAGAAUUUAGCCUUGAAGCCAUUUUCCCCUGUGGCUUUGCCAUUCUCAUUUUCUCAGAGGCUUCAGGUCAUAAAUGAAAUCCCAGGACAUAAGAACCAGGGGGAGGGAUGGGAUGGCACUUUUUUCAUUGUUGUUUAUCUUGAGGGCUUUUUUCUUUUCUUUUUUUAAAUUGGUUUAGGAUUAGCCAUUCUCUGCUGCUAUUUCCUUAUAUAAUGUAAGUUUUUAACUGUAAUUUUGAAAUGAUUGAAAUGUAUUUGAGGCUUUUUUUUUUUUUAAUGAGGAAAGACUUUGUGAAUUUUAUUUUAGGAUGGGCCUCUCCUAGACUUGCCCUAGACAUUACAUAUUCCUCAAGUCAUAUUGAAAAGCAAAAGAGGGGUAGGAUUGGGGUCACAGCUGCUUGUUCAGCACGGACCAAGUGGGCCUUGGGGAUUACAGUGUUCUCCGGAAGCGGCUACAGGACUGAUUUACAGAAAGCCAAGGCAGUGCAACUUGAGGCUCUACUUGCGAAGCACCAAGGAGACUGUUGGGUAGCCAACUUCCACACAGGAAAUUGGAUCUAGAUUCUGUCAUUUAUCUACCAACAAUGGCAAAGGAAAAAGUGGUGCAAUUAUGCAAUCCAUUAAAUUCAUAAACAUAUUGCCCUGAAUAACUGGCCAGCCAUUCACCGGAUCCUUGAUGAGUAGUCCUGAAAUCAGACAUGUUCCUGUAGAAAGAAUUUUUAAUGAGGCUGUCUAUGCACCUAUCAAGAAUAAAUAGAAUAGAUUGUAUCAAACAACGGCAGGGAAAAUCCUUCAGCAAUUCCAAUCCAUCCAUCUAAACCCAAAAGUUGGGUUUUCAGCGAUAUAUACACCUAAAGCAAUAGCAGACUAGAACUGAAUUAUUUUCUACACUGUAAAAUCACAACUGUGGAAUUACAGGAAUUCUGGCAAUGAUACUAAGGUGAAAUAACCAAAACACAUACAAAUAGAAGGCCUCAUUUUAACAACUGACAAGAAAUUUUAAUAAGAGAGAACCUGUAACUUCCUUUUGGACACCAAAUAAGGGCUUUUUCCGCUAUCACUUAAGGAGCCAGAUGAAUUAGAAGCUGUAGAAAAGGCAGCUGUAGAAUUUGAUCUUCCAUGUACCUUUACUGAACUUAAUAAUAUUGUCAAAUUGCCAUGAUCACACUAAAGGAUUUCUACUUGCUGUCAGUAAAAAAUAACCCCGAAUACAUUUUUAUUCUUUCUACUGGAUGCAUUCAUUGUCUGUUUUCUUUGUAAAUGCAGUACAAUAAACAAAUUAUUUAAUAACCUA